GUAUUCCCAGAGAUCAGCUUUGCGAUUCGUGAUAACGAUGUGUUUGGAUUAUUGGGACCGAAUGGAGCUGGAAUGACCACAUUGAUCAAUAUCAUGACCGGCAAUCUGAAUUUAAACAUGGGUCAAAUGAAGAUCUUUGGAUAUGAUGGAGCCGAUGUGAAACGUCUUCGCGAAUUGAUCGCAGUGGUUCCUCAGUUCGACACGUUCUUCGAUGAUAUGACCGUGGAGGAGCAUUUGACUCUUGUGGCCAGACUUCAUCACACAAAUCGAAAUCUCAUCGAAGGGUUCUGCAAGGAAAAAGCGGAGGUUGUGGGUCUCUCACACGAUGUUUUUAAGCGGAAAGCCUCGGUGUUGAGUGGCGGACAGAAGCGUCGAUUGACUUUGGGAAUGGCUCUAAUGAGUCAGCCUCGCCUUCUCUUCUUGGAUGAACCGACGACAUGCUUGGACCCCGAAACGCGCUUUGCGAUUUGGGAUAUUGUGAAGCGGGUUCAGAAGGAAAUGUCGAUUCUGAUUACGACGCAUUCGAUGGAGGAAGCGGAUGCUCUGUGCACGCGGAUUGCAAUCAUGACGAGCCAGGAAUUGCAGUGCAUUGGAGAUCAAGUGGAGCUGAAGAAUAAGUUUGGAAAGGGAUUCUUGCUUUUGCUCUCAUUUGCACCAGAAAUCAGGAACGCGGUGGAGUAUGUGAAGUUUAAGAUAUGCCCAGAUGUGGAGUUUUUGGAAACGAAAGCAAACAUCUAUUCGUUCACAAUCAUGAAGGAUCGUGUAGACUUGUCCAAGUUAUUGGUAACCAUCAUGGAUAUGCAGAGAUCGAAUAUAAUCACAUAUUGGUCGAUUAAUGAAUCCUCACUGAGCGAUGUAUUUGAAAAGAUCUGCAAGGUUGAGGAACAGUAA